UUACCCCAUAAUUCAAAACAAAACAAAACUACUGUUCAUUCAAUUAUAUUCAAAAAAAUUUUUUUGAAUGCAUUGAGAGAUCAGCUGUUUAUUCAAUCAAUCAAACAAACAAACAAAACAACUGUUUGUCUACUGAAUCACCGAUUGACUGAUUGAUUGAUUGGUCACUUAGUCAGUGACCACACUGUUUGUCGACACCGAUGGCCAACAACAACAACAAGAAUAACGGCGGUCUGAAUGCCGAACUCAGACAAUCCAAACAAGAGUUACAACAAAUCGAUGAACAACUGAUGACAUUGCGAUCGCGUAGACGUCAAUUGGCCACCAAAAUUGCCGCCUUAGAGUCACGGCUGGCAUCGAUAAGUGACCAGCAAUCGAGCGACCAGUUUGAUGGCCAGGAUUUCCAAUGGUCCGGACAAUGUCAACGGCUAUUGGAAACGGUAUUCGGGUUGAAGUCGUUUCGCAACUAUCAACUACAGGCCAUCAACGCUACGCUGGCCGACAACGAUUGCCUAUUGGUUAUGCCGACCGGCGGCGGUAAAUCACUGUGUUUCCAGUUGCCGGCACUUAUCCGGCCGGGCCUGACGGUAGUCGUAUCGCCGCUCAUAUCGCUAAUGGAGGACCAGUUGAGCGCCAUGAAAGAGCUUCAGAUACCGACGGCAGUUAUCAGUGGCCAGACCCAGCGCUCGGAAAACAAUCAGAUCUUGCAGUCGAUGGCCGCGCCGACCAGCGACCUGAAGAUUGUUUACGUAACGCCCGAAAAGAUGGCCAAAUCUAAGCGAUUUAUGUCUCAAUUGGAAAAGUGUUACCAAAAUAAACGACUCAAUCGUAUUGUCAUCGAUGAGGUUCACUGUUGUUCGCAAUGGGGUCACGAUUUUCGUACGGAUUAUAAAUUUCUGGGUAUAUUGAAGACACAGUUUCCCGAAACACCUAUCUUAGGACUGACAGCUACGGCUACCUCAACGGUUAUCAUAGAUAUCCAGAAGAUUUUGAACAUCGAAGGUUGUGUUGUACUGAAAGAUUCGUUUUUUCGGUCAAACUUGAACUAUAUUAUCGACAAACAAGACUACAAACGUGACGAACAAAUCGAAAAGAUUGCCGAACUAUUGAAUACCCGAUAUCGCCGACAAUCGGGUAUUAUCUACUGUUUGACUAUCAAAGAUGUCGAAGAAGUUACCGAAAAACUACGGGCCAUGAAUAUCCGGGCACUGGCAUAUCACGCCCAACUGGAACCAGCACGGCGGUCCAGUGUUCAACAAAAAUGGUCAAAACACGACAACCAUAAAUGUCAGGUGAUUGUGGCCACUGUUGCUUUCGGUAUGGGUAUCAACAAACUGAAUGUCCGAUAUGUUAUACAUUUUUCAUUGUCCAAAUCGCUGGAAAACUACUAUCAGGAAACUGGUCGCGCCGGCCGUGAUGGCCAACCGGCUGACUGUCUACUAUACUAUCGAUUUGCGGAUGUAUUUCGUACCACUAGUUUGGUGUUUAGCGAAAAAAAUGGAUUAACCAAUGUCUAUGCAAUGCUAGCCUAUUGUCUCAAUGAUAGUAUUUGUAGGAAAGAACAAAUUGCUAACUAUUUCGGCGAUAAAUGGACCAACAAUUGUGAUCAAAUGUGUGACAAUUGUCAACAAAAUAGUAGUGUUGAAUUGAAUGAACUAAAUGUUGGCCACUAUUUGGACGAUAUCGUCAAAAUCUUGACAAACGCCGGAAAAAUCAAAGAACGUAUGACUGCCUUAAAACUGAUGGACUCGUGGUUUCAAAAAGGAAACAAAAAACUAAGACUCGACGAUAUAAGACCACCAGAUAUUAGACGCGAUGUCUGUCAGCAAAUUGUCGGCCUAUUGCUAUGCGAUGGCUAUCUGAAAGAAGAUUUUCAUUUUACACCCUAUUCUACCAUUAGUUAUCUAUCGGUUGGUUCCAGAUAUCAUACAAAACCACAGAAGCAGAAAAUCGCAUAUUUUGUUGAUCUGUCGACAAAACCGUCGAAACUGAAUAGUAAACUGAAGAUAAAAAGUGAGAAAAAAUUGAAAACAGUUAAAAACGAAGACAAAGACAAUGACAACAACAACAACAACACAUCCAAUGAUAUUAUAUGUAUUGACUGAUUGACAACAACAACAACAAUACAUUAACUUAUUUAA